AUGGCCUCUAGCAAGAAUGUCCGAAAAUCAGUGGUUGAUGAUUCCAGUACUGAUGAGUAUGUCGGCCCAAUCACUCGCAGUCGAUCCAAAGCUUUUGAUCGACUCCAACCUCAACCAACCCAAGAAAACCAAUCUCCUGCUGUCAUCUCUUUGGACUCUCUUGCAAAUAGGAAAGCUACCACUGAAGAUUCAUCUGCCUCGAAAGAUUUGGGGACCAGUAAUGAAUCAUCCCCAACAAAGACCUUUUCUAUCAACUCUUCACCCGUGAUGAGAAACUUAAGGAGUGAAGCACCUCUAACUCAUCCUGUUUCAUCAUUUUCUCCAUCAUCUAUAGAGGUCAUGCCAGUGAUGAUGACUAACACCUCUACCAUGGAAGAAAAAAUGGCUGAAAUGGAACAAAGGGUCAUCCUUCUCACAAAGGCACUUGAAGAAAAGGAUGUCAAAAUUGCAACCCUAAUGAACAAGCUGGAGGUACAAGAUUCGGGUGAAUCAAGUCUUGACCCCGAGCAGCCACCUGGCUUUACCUUCAAAGGAGGAAAUGCCAGGGGUGAUAAAGAAAAAAGAGGUGAAGGCACUUCUCAACAUGGACAUUCCACCUCAAUGGCCUCGAUGUCUGUCCAACAACUGCAGGAUAUGAUUACAAAUACCAUUCGAGCACAAUAUGGAGGAAACCCUAAGCAACACAUUGCUCACUUUGUAGAAACUUGCGAGAACGCAGGGACGCAAGGAGGCCUCUUUGUAAAGCAGUUUGUUCGUUCACUGAAAGGGAAUGCCUUUGAUUGGUAUACAGACUUAGAGCCCGAGUCAAUCGAUAGUUGGGAACAACUUGAAAGGGAGUUUCUCAACCGAUUCUACAGCACACGACGCACGGUAAGCAUGAUGGAGCUUACCAAUACUAAACAGUGGAAGGAUGAGCCCGUCGUUGAUUAUAUCAAUCGGUGGCGUUCUUUGAGUCUAGAUUGCAAGGAUAGACUUACUGAAAUAUCUGCUAUAGAGAUGUGCAUCCAAGGCAUGCAUUGGGGACUUCUUUACAUCCUUCAAGGAGUAAAGCCUCGAACAUUUGAAGAGUUGGCAACUCGUGCGCAUGACAUGGAAUUAAGUAUUUCUAGCCAUGGGAAUACGAAACCUCCUGUACCUGAAGAAAGGAAAGAAAGACGGGAAAUAAGGAAAAACGACAGGAAUGCAAAAAGUAAUAUCAAAGACUCAAUGAAUGUCAAUCCUGCCCCAGUCAAAAUUUCAACAAGAAAUGUGAAGGCCAAUGAAAAGAGGCCCGAAGGAGGUCAACAGCGUGAGACGCGUCGCUCAUCACUUAAGGAGUGGGAACAAAAAGUCUAUCCUUUCCUAGACGCUGAUAUGCCUGAAAUGUUAGAACAACUGCUCAAAUUGAAAUUAAUUGAAUUGCCAGAAUGCAAACGACCGGAAGAGAUGAGAAAAGUUGAUGACCCGAACUAUUGUAAGUAUCAUCGCAUCAUAAGUCAUCCAAUCCAAAAAUGUUUUGUUCUUAAAGAACUCAUCAUGAAGCUGGCCAAGGAAAGGAAAAUCGACUUGGAUUUUAAUGAUGUUGCUCAGUCAAACCUUGUCACAUUUUCUUGUGGGUUACCUAGUUCCAUGUCUCCAACUACUAAGCAAGGGACAAAUACCACGCUCAUCCAUUUUGGUUCUUUGGAACCGGUUCAAGUUCAGCUCUCACAAAAAGCACCUGAUUAUAAUUCAAAUGAUGAUAAAAUGUCAACGAUGGAUGAGGAAGAAGGUUGGACGAUAGUUACUCGCAAGAGAUGGAAGAAGAAACGAGCAUUCCCUCUUCAUUUGAUCACCCGAGAGUCCAGAAGAGCACAAAACCAGAUUCAGCCUUGGUCAAAAAGAAUGAGUGAUAAGAGGCAAGGGAAACUGGGAACAAAAGUGUAUGAAGAUUCAGCACAAAUCCAAAAAUCUCGAAAGCUCAUCACAUUGGAAGAAUUCUUCCCCAGAAAAUUCUUUCAAAAUGACUCAGCCGAGGCCGUCCACACAAUUUCUCGUUGCGAAAUCCAGGACGAAAAAGAGGACGUUGACCAUGGUGAUCCAAAAGAGACCGUGUCAUCCUUGGAGGAACUCCAAUCUCAGGUCGAUGAAGUUGAACCCUUGCAAUCCUCCACAUCACCAAAAGAAGUGCUCACCCAAACUCUUGAGGAGCCAGAGAUAUACGCCCCUCAUACCAAUACGCUUCAACAAACACAGGGAUGUUACGCAUGCUCUCCAGAUUUAACUUUCACUGAUGAGGAUCUAUUGUUAGGCUCUAAGCCCCACAAUCGCCCACUCUAUGUCUCUGGUUAUGCUCGUGAACAAAGGAUCGAGCGUAUCCUUGUGGAUGGAGGUUCAGCCGUUAACAUACUUCCAAAAAUGACCAUGAAACGACUGGGUUUUACUAUGGAAGAAUUAUCACACAGUCGUUUGGUCAUCCAAGGUUUUAAUCAAGGAGGACAACGUGCAAUCGGCGUGAUCCACCUAGAAUUAUCCAUUGGGGAAUUGAAAAGCAACGUCUUGUUCCACGUCAUUGACGCUAGGACGACCUACAACAUGUUGUUAGGACGUCCUUGGAUCCAUGAAAAUGGAAUAGUGCCAUCAACUUUGCAUCAAUGCUUCAAGUUCUUUCAAAAUGGAAUAAAAAAGGUCGAUGCCGAUUUAAAGCCUUUUGCAGAAACCGAAGCUCAUUUUGCUGAUGCAAAAUUCUAUGCAAAAGAAGACAUUUCUAGCGAGGUUCUUCCAGUUGAGAUCCCGUCUAUGAAAAGUAAACAGGAUGAAAAGGAGCAUGUUAAAUUCAUCGCCAAAAAGGACAUUUCUUCCCCAAAGAAAGGCCCAGAGCCCUUCCUCCGGUAUAUACCAUUAUCGCAUCGCAAAAAUGGACAAUCACCAUUCGCAGAAUGCCUUCAACCUACAAAAGACAUGGGAAGACCUGCAAAGCUCACGAUGGAGGAUGUAGCCAUAUUGAAAGAAAAUCAUGUCAUGCCUUUAACUUCAUCCACAAACCCUUUGCCCUCGAAGCCGUUAAAUGGAUUCGUGAGGUCUUCGCAAAGUCCGAUAGAGCAUGGUAUUCUACCAAGUGAGCGGACGAAAGAAUGGUUCGACCCAAAGGCAUAUAGGCUGUUAGCCAAAGCAGGCUACGAUUUCUCAAAACAAGAAGACUUAGGGAAGCUAAUUCCAGAAGCCACCGGAGAAAAGAUGCAUGGCCUUAGCAAAACACAAAGGAAAAUGCGGCUUGAAGGGCAUGAAAUUCAUAUCCCAAAGACCGGAUUAGGUUAUACUCCCGAACAACCAGCUCAGAUAUGGAUCAAGAAAAGAAGCGAUCCUUCGAGUUCCCAAUACAUAACGGUGGAGGUCGGCGAAAGUUCAAAUCAAAGAGAAGACCAUUCUUCACCCCAUGUCUCAGUGUUUGAUCGCAUCGAGGCCUCGUCAUCACGAAUCACAGUGUUCGACAGGUUAAAUACAACUUGUUUAACACCAAAUCGGGACACUCUUGCUUGUAAAUCAGUCUUUGAUCGAUUGGGGGCAACGAAAAGGCCUAUUGAUAGUCAUUCUCAAAGUUCAAUAAACUUUGACGUUCAAGGGGAGAAGAAAGCCAAUGAUGAGAUCCGCAGUAGCAUUCCUUCACGCAUGAAACGUAACUUUACCUUGGAGAUCAACACUGAAGGAUCGCUCAAAGUCAAAAGACGAACGAUUGUACAUACAAGUCAGUCACCCGUCCAUGAUGAGGAGAUUGAAGAGGUAUCAUCCUCGUUUCAUAUUACAAUAGAAGAGGGUACACUGUUAGAUGCUGAAGCAACCAAUGAAGAGGUCGAUGAAGCUCCUCCAGCCUUGGAAGAUGGAGGACAAGGUACAGUUGAUGAACUUAAAGAGAUCAAUUUAGGAACUGUUGAAGAACCCCGGCCAACUUUCAUCAGUGCGCUUCUUACCCCUGAAGAAGAAGAAGGAUACCUCAAGCUCCUAGUAGAGUACAAAGAUGUGUUCGCUUGGACUUACAAGGAAAUGCCUGGGCUCAAUCCGAGUAUUGCUCUACACCAUUUGGCAGUAAAGAAAGGCGUGCGCCCAGUCAAACAAGCUCAAAGACGGUUUCGGCCAGAGCUUAUCCCUCAAAUAGAAACCGAGGUCAAUAAGCUCAUUGAAGCAGGCUUCAUUCGUGAAGUGCAGUACCCGGAAUGGAUUGCUAACAUCGUCCCUGUCAAGAAGAAGAAUGGACAAAUCCGAGUGUGCGUUGACUUUCGUGAUUUGAACAAUGCAUGUCCCAAAGAUGAUUUUCCAUUACCCAUCACUGAGGUCAUGGUUGAUGCCACUACCGGUCAUGAAGCUUUAUCUUUCAUGGAUGGAUCUUCGGGUUACAACCAAAUUCGAAUGAAUCCUAAGGAUGAGCAGCUUACAGCUUUCCGUACCCCUAAGGGAAUUUACUGUUACAAAGUGAUGCCUUUUGGACUAAAGAAUGCUGGUGCUACUUAUCAACGGGCCAUGCAGAAGAUCUUCGAUAAUGUACUUCAUAAAUACGUGGAGUGUUAUGUCGAUGAUUUGGUGGUUAAAACAAAAAGGAGGGAAGACCAUCUGGCAGAUCUACGAUCCGUGUUCACCCGCUUGAGAAAGUAUCAGCUUAAGAUGAACCCCCGCAAAUGCGCUUUUGGCGUAACAUCUGGAAAAUUUCUUGGUUUCAUUGUGAGGCACCGCGGUAUUGAAAUUGACCAGUCCAAAAUUGAAGCAAUCCAGAAAAUGCCAGAGCCCAAGAAUCUGCGAGAACUUAGAGGCUUGCAGGGAAAACUGGCCUACAUACGACGAUUUAUCUCGAAUUUGGCUGGUCGAUGUCAACCUUUCAAUAGAUUGAUGAAGAAGGAUGUGCACUUUGAAUGGGAUGAGGCUUGCAGCAAUGCUUUUGCACGCAUCAAAAGAUACUUACUUAAUCCUCCAGUUUUAGGUGCUCCUAUCCUAGGAAAGCCUUUGGUGCUGUAUAUUGCGGCCCAAGAAAAGUCUCUAGGUGCUCUUAUGGCGCAGGAAAAUAAAGAGGGGAAAGAAAGAGCCCUUUAUUAUCUAAGUCGAACUCUCAAUGGGGCUGAAUUAAAUUAUUCUCCUAUCGAAAAGAUGUGCCUCGCUCUUUUCUUUGCCAUAGACAAACUGGAGCACUACAUGCAAGCAUAUACAGUCCGUUUGAUAGCAAAGGCGGAUCCGAUCAAAUAUGUCCUCUCCAGGCCAGUGGUUUCGGGUCGUAUAGCUCGAUGGGCAGUCUUGCUACAACAAUAUGACCUUGCAUACAUUCCACAAAAAGCUGUCAAAGGACAAGCAUUGGCAGAUUUCUUAGCUGAUCACCCAGUUCCAUCUGAUUGGGAGUUCUCCGAUGAUUUCCCGGAUGAAGAUGUGUUUUACAUUGAAGAAAUGCCACCAUGGAUUAUGCUUUUCGAUGGGGCUGCACGUCGAGAAGGAGCGGGGGCAGGUGUAGUGUUUGUUUCUCCACAAAGACAAAUACUUCUGUACUCGUUCUCAUUAAGCGAACUUUGCUCUAACAAUGUAGCUGAAUAUCAAGCAUUGAUUAUUGGUCUACAAAUGGCCAUUGAGAUGGGCAUAACUCAGCUUGAGAUCUUUGGGGAUUCCAAAUUAAUUAUCAACCAAAUCUUGGAGCAAUAUGACGUCAAGAAAGAAGACCUCAUCCCCUAUUGCAAAUAUGCGAAGAAAUUACUAGCGAAUUUUGAGGCCACCACAUUGGAGCAUAUACCAAGGAAGGAGAAUAGACAGGCCGAUGCUUUAGCUAAUUUGGCUACUGCCUUAGCAUUAUCCCAAGAAGAGACAACCAAAGUCGCUAUUUCCCAAAGGUGGGUGGUACCUCUCGUGGUUGAAGAAGAAGAAGAAGAGCAAGCCAACAUCAUUUCUGUAUGCCUUGUCGAAAAAGAAGAUUGGCGACAAGUGAUCAUUGAAUACCUUCAACAUGGAAGACUCCCGGAUGAUAAACGCCACAGGACUGAAAUUCGGCGGAGGGCUGCUCGAUUCAUUUACUAUAAAGACACUCUCUUCCGCCGUUCAUUUGAUGGAUUGUUUCUCCGUUGCUUAGGAGAGGAGGAGGCUAAACAAGCCUUAGAGGAGGCUCAUUCUGGCAUAUGCGGCGCACAUCAGUCAGGUCCUAAGUUACACUAUAGGAUCAAACGAAUGGGUUACUAUUGGCCUACAAUGGUGCAAGAUUCCAUGGAAUGCGCUACGAAGUGCGAAGCUUGGCCAUUACCAAAGUCAUCCGGUGGCUACUUGUACAUCUUGGCCGCAACUGACUACUUCUCAAAAUGGGCGGAAGCUGUACCCCUUAGGGAAGUGAAGAAAGAAACGGUGGUCAAUUUCAUUCGAACUCACUUGAUCUAUCGGUAUGGUGUCCCUCGAUAUAUCAUAACUGAUAAUGGCAAACCAUUCUACAAUAGGCUGAUGACAGAGCUAUGCGAGAAGUUUGAAUUUAAACAAUACAACUCCUCCAUGUACAAUGCCCCGGCAAAUGGACUAGCUGAAGCGUUUAACAAAACACUUGGCAGUUUGUUGAAAAAAGUGGUAUCCAAGACAAAGCGAGACUGGCAUGAAAGAAUCGGAGAAGCAUUAUGGGCAUAUCGAACAACAUUUCGAACGCCUACUCAAGCAACGCCAUAUUCUCUUGUCUACGGAGUGGAAGCCGUCCUUCCUUUAGAACGCCAAAUCCCAUCAUUACGGAUUGCCAUUCAAGAAGGAUUGACUGGAGAAGAAAAUGCCAAGCUCAGGAUGCAAGAAUUAGAGGCACUUGAUGAAAAAAGGCUUGAGGCCCAACAACGCCUUGAAUGCUAUCAAGCUCGUCUUUCAAGCGCAUUCAAUAAAAGGGUCAAACCACGAUCAUUCCAAGUUGGUGACUUAGUCCUCGCCGUUCGAAGACCUAUCAUCACAACUCAUCGUACAGGCAAUAAGUUCACUUCAAAAUGGGAUGGACCUUAUGUUGUGCAAGAAGUCUACACCAAUGGAGCUUACAAGUUGAUUGAUAAUGAUGGUAUUUUCAAGUCCUCAUUUUCACAGCCAUUUCUCACUAUGGCCUCAUCAUUCUCAACACCUAGCAACCGAUUUUGCUUCAUAAUCGGUUUGAGAUCAACCCUCCCAUGGGUCGGUCGAAACCCUAUUUACAACAUCAUUGCAGUUUUGAGAUCCAAACAAACUUUGUUUCUCCACUUAACAACCACCUUUGUCCAUAAAAUUACUCAUAACAAGGUCUGCAUUGCGGUUCCACGUUUCCUUGGACUUGGUUGGCCAGGAAAUCCAAGUCCGGCAGACACACCUGUUCCUAACCUCAGGGCUCCUGUAGUCUCUUUCCAAUUGCUUGGUCUUCCAGCAGCAGCAGUGGUUCGGAACAAACAACAACUUGGCUGGUUUCUAAGACCAGAAUCACAAGUUGGUUCCAUCUUUCAUUUUUCUGUGCUUUUCCAACAAGAGGCAGUAGAUGAAGAUGGUAAAAAGUGUUGGGGUAUCCUACAAAUUGUUGUCCAUCCAACACUUAAAACAACCUCCAAGGCGCCAGCUCAUCAGAAUUCAGCUUUUGGUGCCGGUAAAUGGUCAUCAAAGCUUUAUUCCAUGUCCCCACUACUAUGGGACCCAAAGGUCAUCGUUGCUGGUACCUCAAAACUCAUUUUCUGA